AUGUGUACUUUCCUUUACACUCUUCAAGUUUUAGGUUAUGCGAAUAUGAAACUAUUAUUAUAUCUUUUGUUAUAUGUAGGUGUAUCAAGUAUAUCUGAAAAGUUUGUUCAUGUUGUUUUGAAUCAUGGUGAGUAUUCUGCUGCAUUUCGUGUUAAUACUUUUAUCACCGUUGAUGAAUUGAAGCAUUUUGCCUGUAAGCAGUUGAGGUCUUUGUCCGCUUUGAGUAUACGUUUUUCCCAUAUGGAUAUUAAUCAAGUAGUUUUUAUACAAGGUGAUAUACAACUUCAAGGUUUAGUUGCUAUUGUUAUUCUGAUGAACAAUGAAGAUUUCUAUUUGAAUGUUGAUGUGAUUCCGAAGCAUACUGGUUGUAGCACUAGUUCAAGAGAAUUUGUGGGUGGUGUUAAAGCUGUAAGGAUUGCUGUUGAAAAGUACAAGAUGUGUACUGGUUACAAGAUUUUUAUUCUUAAAAACGUCAAGACUCGUUUUACUGCGAAGUGCGAAGAAGAUGGUUGUGGUUGGCGGAUUCACUUUGGGCCUGUGAAUGGUGACAUUUCUCGGUUUGUGCUGAAAGAUUCUAAUGUUAUUCACAGGUUGAAGAGUCCUGUGGUGACAAACAAGUUAGUUAAGCAUUUGAUCGCUGAUAAUAUACAGCGUGAUCCCACUUUAAAACCCAAACAGAUCAUGUCACUCUUUAAGAAGACUUAUGGGUCCAAUAUUAAGUAUCAUCAUGCCCGUAGAGGGAAAGAAGCUGUAUUUGAAGAUCAAUAUGGUGACGACGAGAAGUCGUAUAGCGAUUUAAAUUGCUAUAGGUAUCUCAGGCCCAUGAUUUACUUGGAUGCUACUUUCCUCAUUGGUAGAUUCAGCGGUACUUUGAUGUCUGCAACAUGUGUCAAUGGAAAUGAUGGUUUUUACCUAUAUGCCUUUGUUAUUGUUUUAUCUGAAAACAAAGACAAUUGUCUCCCUAUUGGAAAAGCUGAUGCGAAUUACAAUGUCGUUAUUGAUUUGUUUUACAAAGCUGCUUACUCUUACACAGCAGCGAACUUUGAAGAAGCUUUGCGGGGCAUGCAUGCAAUUGGUUGUGGACAUGUUGCUAAUUAUCUCAGGACCAUUCCAAAGGAGAAAUGGGCAAAUAUUCUUGAGUUCAAAAAGCUGCCUGCUUUUGCUCUUCUCGAUGCGAUACGUUUGAAGGUUUUGCAGAUGAAUUCUAAGAGAAGGGUAGAAGGUCUUGAAAAUUUUAACACUAGGCUCACUCCCGUAUACGAGGAUUUACUAAACGAGAACAUCAAUAUUGGUCGUACUUGGACUUUUGUUGAGUCUAUGGAAAGAUUGUAUGAAGUCAGGUCUCCCCGCACUCAUUCUGUAGAUCUGCUGGAGAGAACUUGUACGUGUCACAGGUGGCAAGUAAAUGGGUUUCCCUGCGCACAUUCUUGUGCUGCCAUUCAAUCUACAAGGGAGGACAUCUAUUCAUUUGUUGAGCCAUACUUCACCACUGAAUGGUACAACAUGACAUACCAAGAGAUCAUCUUGCCAAUCCCUAAUUAUGACAAGCCGCAGUCUUAUGAUCCUAGUGAUAGGAUUAUUGUUCCUAUUCCUGUGCCUCCACCCGGUAGACGAAGAGAACAGCGUUUCAAGAAGCCUUGGGAGAAGCAAAAGAGGCCUAUGAUGUGCACAGAGUGCUUCACUCUUGGUCACCACAACAGAGCUACCUGCCCCAUGCCUUGA